UGGGUAGCUCUUCUGUGCACAUGUUUUCAUCUGAGGUUUCGUUAUUUUUCAUCGUGAGGUUUCGGACGUUAUUUUGGUAGGAAUCAACAUAACUAAACACUAGAAUGCCGAAAAUUCGUGCGGAGAAAAAGACUCGCGUCCACACGGAUGUGGCCAAACAGGGUAUCGUUUUUAACAAGGACUUCGGCCAACACAUUUUGAAAAAUCCUUUGAUCGUGACGUCUAUGCUGGAAAAGGCCGCCCUUCGACCAACCGAUGUCGUGCUGGAAAUCGGCCCGGGUACAGGUAAUAUGACCGUAAAAAUCUUGGAAAAAGUGAAAAAGGUGAUCGCUUGUGAAAUCGAUCCACGCUUGGUGGCAGAACUUCAAAAACGUGUGCAGGGAACACCAAUGCAAUCCAAGUUGCAGAUUCUGAUAGGGGAUGUACUCAAGGCAGAUCUACCGUUUUUCGAUGCUUGUGUUGCCAAUAUGCCGUACCAGAUCAGCUCUCCGUUUGUGUUCAAACUACUGUUGCAUCGGCCGUUUUUUCGCUGCGCGGUGCUCAUGUUCCAACUGGAGUUCGCUCAACGUUUGGUGGCCAAACCUGGUGACAAAUUAUACUGCCGGCUUAGCGUGAACACACAGCUACUAGCGAGGGUGGACAUGCUAAUGAAGGUAGGCAAGAACAACUUCCGUCCGCCACCCAAGGUGGAAUCCAGCGUCGUGCGGAUUGAACCGAGAAAUCCCCCGCCACCGAUUAACUACACCGAAUGGGACGGCUUAACGCGAAUAGCUUUCCUCAGGAAGAACAAAACGCUCUCGGCUGCAUUCAAACAGACUACGGUAUUGGCAGCUUUAGAGCAGAAUUAUAAAGUACACUGUUCGUUGAGCAAUAUCGACGUGCCGGAAGGUUUCAACAUUAAAGAGAAGGUAGAGCAGAUAUUGGAAAAGAUUGAUAUGGGAGGUAGACGAGCGAGAACCAUGGAUAUCGAUGAUUUCAUGGCGGUUUUGCACGCAUUCAACGAGGAAGGAAUACAUUUUAGUUAAUGAUUAUAGAUUUUCACAUGUAUAUUUCCUAAGAUUAGUAUAGUAUGAGUAAGAUUUAAUCAAAUUGAAGCUCAUAUCCUGUGUAUAAACAUCGAUAAAACACCGUUACUGAUUUAUGUCGAUAUUUGUUGAAAACUUGAAAAAGAACUGGCCUACGCUGCACCUAUUUGUAGUAUAGGAAUGAAUAACUGGAAAGCAUCUUGUAC